GCGGUGCCGUGCGGGGUCCGGGGCCUUCCCUCCCGCGGCUGCGGACGGUGCGCUCAGGCACCCCCUUCCCCGAGGGGGAGGCCUGAUCGCUUUCCGCAGCCACCUGACAGGGGCCGUAGGCAGCGGGGGUCGGUCUCUUCUCCCGGAUAACGAGCGACAGGACGAGAGGAAACAGCCUCACGUUGCGCCGGGGGAGGUUUAGGUCGGUAGCGAAGAUGUCGGCGCCAACGAUGGAGGAGAGGAAGGCCUGCUGGGGGGCCCGGGACGAGUUCUGGCAGUGCUUGGAUAGGCACGCAGACGAUGCCAGCAAGUGUGAGAAGCUGCGGCUGUCCUUCGAGUCCCGGUGCCCGCAGCAGUGGGUUAAGUAUUUUGACAAAAGAAGAGACUUUUUAAAAUAUAAAAGAAAGCUUGAAACAGAAGGGUAUCAUCCUCCAGAAGCUGCUGGAAAGUCAUAGGUACUCUGCUUUCAGAAUACAUCUCACAAGAGUAACUACAGAAGGAAAAAGCAUGAGAAAGCAACAGAAGCUGCUUGGGCUCAAGAACUGAGAUCCUGACUGUCUCCCUGAAAUGCAGGCUGCUGCUGUUCUUGUUGCAAGGUCUCAUGUCUGCUGAAAAAAAAAAGAUGGUCAUGGACACCUUUUUCAAGAGUAUAAGUCAAAGAAAUACAGUGCAGGGCUGUUCACAAAUCUAAGGUUUUGAAUGUAUCAUUAGCCAAACUGUUUCACAGGAAUAAAUGAUUAAAGUGCAAUGUA